AUGGCAGACGCGCCCCUCACAGGCCAUGUUCCGCUGGGCGACCUGCUGGCCGAGGUGCUGCCACAGGGCGCCAAUUUUACCUGCUACCAUAUUUCAACGCCGCCAACAAAAUGCGGACCCAUCUUCUCAGCACCGCCAGGCGCGCGUCCUGAGCGCACCUACUGCGAGUCGCACUUUCUGAACGUGUCAGUCACGCCUGAUGACGAGCAGCAGCAGAGUGACCAGAAGGCAGCCGGCGAGAUCUUGGUUUUUGCUAUCGAAGUGCUAAUCUACACUACAUCGCAUCUGACAACCAUCUUCGUAUCCAAAGCAGACUCGACCGGCUACCUAUCGCUGCUCCAGCUUCCGCGCACAACCUCUUCGCCCAUCCGUGCCAUCUCUACCACUUUCGUGUCCUGGCUCGUCACGCAACGUCAGCGUCCGACCUCGCGCCUUGUCGUCUCCCUCUUCGCGCGCGCCCAGGACCAAUAUCUCUUCCCCGGCAGCAUCGAGAAUGCAGAAAAGCACGUCGCCGACGACACAGCACUGGUGAAGUGGUGGUGCAGGGUGCUGGAUCCGGUGCUGCGCGCCUACACUGCAGAAGCGUCGGGCACACCUUCCACCGAGUCUACGGCGGAGAAGGCACAAACAACCGCACAAGGACACUUGCUAAUCCCAGGCCUGGAGCGCAACGAAACCCUGCGCUUCUUCCCGCCCAGCGUGCGCGCCGACCCUCCCGAGCAGAAGCGUUGGAAGCAUGGUCACCCCUUGCUUGAUAUCUCGCGGAAUCCCGCCGCGCCGCCGCGCUGCCUGAUCCCACACUUUCCCGACGACCCCAAGUCGCGCUAUAUGGACGAGUUGGACGAUGAGCUGCCCGACGGCGGCAACGCCUCCGUCACGAGCCCAAGCCGCGGGACGGGUCAGUGGCGGAGCGUGCGGAGCUUGGAGCAGUUCUGGGAGAUGAUGUCUUUCCGACAAGAGUGCUCGUCCGGGCGGCUCGUUGGCUUCAUCUGGGUGGUCUUCACACCCGCAGACAUCGGCAACACGUUGGAGACGUCAGAUGAUGCAGAAGGCACAGCGAUCGGCCCGCUGGGCCGGCCACAACCCAUAACCAACUCCCUCGCUGAGAUGCUUGCCCAGCCGCCCACGACUCCCCCAAAAAAGAACAAGUCCUCCUCCACCCGAAGUUCAUCCCGUACACCACGCCGCCGCUCCAGCAAGCUCACCGGACCUAUCAUUCCCCGCCUGCCCCGCAUCAAAUCUAGCUCUUCCCAAACAUCGAACCCCGACAAUGCGACCACAACAUCUGCUUCUUCCACCACCGGUCCUUCCUCGUCUUCCAUACCCGAAUCGUCGCUCUACUACGUAUGGCCUCCUCACUCGCGCGGCACCCUCGUUCUUGACGAGAAGGACUACAAGCGUGCAACGGACCUACUACUAAACCACAACUUCGCUGAGCGCGCCAUUGCCGUCGUCAGCACACGUAAGUGGAUCGAGGAGGUAGCCGUGCUAGGCUCGCGAGGAGGAACUACCGGGUGGGGCGUGGCCGUCGUGGGGCGGAAUGCUUCUGCAAUUGCUGCUGCUACUGCCACCACUUCUGCGGAUGGUGCGCAGAACGGCAGCGGCGGUGGGCAGGCGGUUAACACGCUGAACACGUCGAUGGUGCGGAAGAAGAGGAAGGGCGGGGCCGAGGGUGCGGUGCAGCAGCAGCAGCAGCAGCAGCAACCAGCACCAAAUGCCAAGCAUGAUGCAGUAGCCGGUGUUAACGUGCUGUCUUCGGGGCUUGUCAGGAAGAAACCGAAGACGGGGGAUAAUGACGCUCCCCCGGCUACCAUACAACCUGCCGAAAGGCCGGCGGUAGCUACGGCAGAUGAUGAAUCCGUCAACGUUUUGAGCAGUACUUUGAUUCGGAAGAAACCGAAGGCGUGA